CGUCAUCACGUCCGAUUUUGUCACAGCGCUGUACAGCUGGCAAAACAAUUCCCACAAAUCUAGUAUUUUACGAUGAACACCAGAAUCAAUGUAUAGGCAGUAACAACUUGAUAUUUUAGCCGCUAAAGUUUGUGCUCAGUACUUUCCUCUUCAGUGCGAAACAAUGUCGGCACCACAAGGAAUCAAAAACACGAACACGGAACCAUGGGGAGGAUUUGAUGACAACAUUAUCCAGGGCAGUGGAUCAGCAGUGAUAGACAUGGAGAAUAUGGAUGACACCUCUGGAUCCAGCUUUGAGGAUAUGGGGGAGAUGCAUCAACGGAUGAAGGAGGAGGAGGAGGUGUCAGCUGAGGCAGCAGCUACAGAGGAGGACAACGGAGAGAAUGGCGACUUCCUCGGCAUGAAGGGCUUGAAGGGACAGUUGGGCAGACAGGUCGCUGAUGAGGUAUGGCAGGCAGGAAAGCGUCAGGCCUCUAAAGCAUUUAACCUGUAUGCCAAUAUUGACAUCCUCCGGCCAUACUUUGAUGUGGAGCCUAUUCAAGUGAGAGACAGGUUGAUUGAAUCUUUGAUCCCAGUCCGAAUGAUCAACUUUCCACAGAAAGUUGCUGGAGAACUGUAUGGACCAAUGAUGCUGGUGUUCACACUGGUGGCCAUUCUGCUGCAUGGCAUGAAGACCUCAGGAACUGUCAUUAGAGAGGGCACGUUGAUGGGCACUGCCAUCGGAACCUGUUUCGGAUACUGGAUGGGAGUGUCCUCUUUUAUCUACUUCCUUGCUUAUCUGUGCAAUACUCAGAUUACCAUGCUGCAGAUGUUGUCUUUGCUAGGUUAUGGUCUCUUUGGCCACUGUGUGGUCCUGUUCAUCACCUACAAUGUCCACUUUCACUCGCUCUUCUACAUUCUCUGGCUGGUGAUUGGAGGACUCUCUGCUCUAAGAAUGGUGGCUGUGCUGAUCUCCCGUACUGUUGGUCAGACUCCUCGCCUCAUUGUGUGUGGCUUGCUGGCUGCUCUGCACAUGCUCUUUCUGCUCUACCUGCACUUUGCUUACCAUAAGAUGGUUGAAGGUAUUCUGGAAACCUUGGAAGGACCCAACAUUCCACCAAUCCAGAGAGUGGCCAGAGAUGUUCCAGUUAUUGCAAAUACUAUUGUAAAUGCCACAAUCAACUCAAUAGCUGCAGUUGUACAGACACAGUGAUUUAUAUAUUUGGUGUCUGGGUUGGUCGCACAGGCCAGUGAGGCUAGUGUACAUAUAGCAGGGCAAGACAAAAUCAUGGGGCUGUCGCCAUCAAACACCUUGGGAAUGAACUGUUUGAUUCUUGUAUAACUUUUCUUAUACUGUCAAACUAAACUGAAGAAAUACUUCUAGGUCAAGAUGGUUUCACUUUAAGCUCAUAUUAUAAUGACACAACAGUUUUGACACUAUCCCAUUCACUUUACACUUGUCUUAAUCAUUUUUGUUGUUAAAGGUAACAGUACCUAUUGCCUGCUAAUGUUAGAAUGGUUUAUUCAGAUUAUGAAUGAUGUACAGUAGACUUUCUUUUAAGAUGCUGAUACUAAUAACUGAAAUUAUUCUUUAAAAUGUUUCGAAAAACCCUGAUGACAUUAAAGGGAUUGUACAAGCAAAAAUGAAAAUUCUGUUAUUAUUUACUCACCCUCAUGUUGUUUGAAACGUGUAAGAAAAGGGCACUUUUAUGCAGAUUUUUUUCAACAAUGAAAGUGAAUGGUGACUAAGGCUGACAUUUGGAGAAAACAUGUCAUGCAGGUUUGGAACAACAUGAGGGGGAGUAAAUGAUGAUAGGAUUUUAAUUUAGGAUGAACUGUCCCUUUUAAUGCAGCUGUAUGCUUGUGCUCAUUGAGAUUACACAUACAUAAACAGCUCCAAAGCCUUCAUUUGGCCUUUUUAACUGAUUGUCUCCACAAAAGGUUUAAUUACAGAGACGGUGAAAGAUGUCACAUUUUUGUUCUGUUCUUAGAUCUUGUUGCUUACACUUUUUUGUUGUUGUUGUUAAAGAAUAAGUCUUCAUCAAGACAAUAUAUAGAUGCAGAAAUGCAAUGAUUUUUUUAUGUGAAAAUGAGAAAGGUCUUUAAGGUGUAUUAGAUCUUGUUUCCUAAUCCAUUCAACCAUCCAUUGUGGUGCUGUUCAGUUCUGCUAUUUAAAGCUAUGGUUGGGGCCGAGGGUAUUUGCUCUGUCAUUAUGCUGUCUUUUACAUGUGAUAUUCCUAUUUAAAGGGUUCUUUUAAAGAGAAAAUAAAGACAAAUUAA